AUGGCCAGCAAGACCACAGCAGAAGCUGCAACAGCCCACUACCUUCAGUUCGAUACCCAAUGGUCAAGUCUAGCUCUAUUGUACUACGACUAUAUUUUGACUCUCCCGAUGGAGGUCGAAUACAUGUGGAGAGCCAAAUUUCGCCCAUCAACCGUGUUGUAUAUCUUUUGCCGGUACGCACUGUUGGCGAACGUGCUCUACCUUCUCGCUAUCGCGAAGCGGCUUGUUGAAAGGUUUGGAUUUGUGCUGGUGGAAGACAGUAAUGGCUCAUCCCCUAGAAUCUACAGUUGUGACACAUGGUACAAGAUCAUCGGAGCACUCAGCGUUCUCGGUCGCGCUGCUGUCAUUAUAACCUUCUCCGCCCGAACAUACGCGAUCUUCAAUCGCAACCGCUGGAUUUUGGUGUAUUUUUCGAUCAUUGGAUUGAUAUGCAUUGUGCUGGACAUUAGCUCCCUGUUGACAGAUGCAUGUACCGGGUCUGAAGUGCGCAGGAAGGUCGAGUAUCCCGAUGUGAGCAUUUCCGUUUCCCACAUCAUUCCCUCUGCACCCUUAUGGCCUCAUUGCUAUUCCCGCAGUGUAAACACCCUUCUGUCCAUCUUGAUGGUCGUAUUCGAGUACUCAUCCGCGAUCUUGACUAUAUUCCGGAGUAUCCAGGCCUUUAGAGUGGGUGGUCCAUGGAGAAACCAGAAAUCCGGAUUUCUAUACCUCAUUUUUGAACAAGGUGUCUUCUAUUUCAGUGUGGUAUCAUUGUUCACCACAGGCGCACUGGUGUUAAACUUUCGUGCACAGGCCGGGAGCUUCUAUCAGCGUUUUUUGGACAGCCUCAUACUACCGCUCUCUGGACUCCUCACAGCUCGUUUCCUUCUCCACCUGCGACGGUGGGAAAGUAAACAUUCCCACUCUGCUACGACGAACGGCGCUUCGAUGAUUGGACAGCAGAGUACGAUGGGAGGGUUCCGUGCCGCUCCGGGGGUGUUGUCGACUAUUAUAGAGGACUUUGGUGAGGAUCCGGUGGCUUUGGCAAGAGCGGAGGGUAGUCAGAACUUCAACUAA